AUGCCACAAAGUGAAAAUGAUAUCAUUCUUAUCGAUUCUGACUCAGAAGUUUCCGAUCCCGAACUGCCACCACUGAAAAGACAUAAGCCAUAUCUGUACAAUAACGACAAUGAUAAUAAUAGCAACAAAAAUAACACAAUAAAUACCAAGAAAUUAAGUAUCACGCCAUUCCAAGAUGAUUCAUCCUCCUCCUCUGAAGAUGAGCAUCCCACUCUAGUCAAGAAACAAGCCCAAGUACAACAAUUCCCAAGUAAUCGUUUGAAAGAACACUAUUAUCAUGAUGAAAUAGAUGAGGAAGUGGAAUUGUUAUCUAUGCAAUCAUCCCGAGCUCCUCCCAAACCCGUCGAAAUCACCAAUAUCAGUAGUGAUGACGACGACGAAGAAGGGGAUGGAGAAGAUAACGAAGAGGAUGACGACGAUGACAAUCAUAGUGAUUCCUCAAUUGAAUCUUCUGAUUCUGAUUUUCGACAAAUUUCAUUUUCAGGUUCAGCAUCACCUGAAACCAUUGCACAAACCAGGAAAUAUCUAAAGACAUAUGGAAAUAUUAAAUUUUUAGAAAAGUAUUUACCGACAGCUGCAUCAUCUGAAGAUAUAAUUAAGUUAAUUAUCAUGUUAGGAUUCAUGCCUAGACAUUUACAUACAUCCGGUAUUAUGGAUUUGAUCAAUAUUUUAAAUCGGGCCAUGAUUAAAGUAAAAGCCAUACGAAGUCGCUUGGACGACGUUAAGACUGUAGAUGAUGCAAUUGGUUUAAUAGAAAAGAGUAAGAAGAUAUUGGUUAUUACUGGUGCUGGGAUUUCUACUAGUUUGGGUAUACCUGAUUUUAGAUCUUCACAAGGGUUUUAUACAAUGGUUCAACAUUUAGGUUUAAGUGAUCCUCAAGAAGUUUUCGAUUUGGAAAUUUUUCAUACUGAUCCUUCAUUAUUUUAUUCAAUUGCAUAUAUGAUCCUUCCGCCGGAAAGAAUUUGUAGUCCAUUACAUUCAUUUAUCCUGCUUCUUCAAUCAAAGGGGAAAUUAUUAAGAAACUAUACUCAAAACAUUGACAAUUUAGAAAGUUAUGCAGGUAUAAAGCCUGAUAAAUUAAUUCAAUGUCAUGGUUCAUUCGCAACUGCAACUUGCGUAACAUGUCGUUUACAAAUACCUGGAGAAAAGAUAUUCCCCCAAAUCAGAGCCAAACAAAUACCAUAUUGUCCACAAUGUGCCAAAGUUAAAAGGUCCAAAUUGAAACAGGAUGAUGAUUAUUAUUUCUCGGAAAGUUUUGGAGUUUUCAAACCUGAUAUUACAUUUUUUGGAGAAUCAUUACCGAAAUUAUUCCAUGAUAGAAUAGUUGAAGAUAUUAUGGAUUGUGAUUUAUUAAUCAGUAUAGGAACUUCUUUAAAAGUUGCACCUGUUGCUGAUAUUGUGGAUAAGAUACCCGAACAUGUACCCCAAAUAUUAAUUAAUAAGGACCCUAUAGAACAUUGUAAUUUUGACGUUAGUUUGCUUGGAUAUUGUGAUGAUGUAGCAAGUUAUAUUCUGAAUAGAUUAGGUGAGGAUUGGAGACUUCCUCAUAAAGAUUAUGAAUCAAUUAGAGGUUAUAAAGGAAGUAAUUUAGAGAUUAUGUUGGAGGAUGAGCAUUUGAGAGAAUAUCAAAUUAUUAAUAAAGCAAAAGCUUCUAGUGAUCUUGAAAGUGGUAGUGGGUCAGUGCUAACUGUGGAAAAUACUCCGUUGUAUGAAGACCCACCACUGACUGCGGAGGUCAAUACUCCUCCACCUGCUGAGGUGAUUGACAAUUCUAAAGAGAAAGACAAUAACUCAACCUAA